AUGUCUCAAGUGCAAGCCCCUUUGACGGCAACAAAUUCUGGUUUGGCAGUCAAUAAUUUUUCUAAUACAAUGAAUUCACAAAUGCCUAACCGUAGUAACGUUAGAUUGGUCAACGGUACUUUACCUCCUUCUCUACACGUUAGCUCCAAUCUAAAUCACAAUACCGGCAACAGCUCUGCUUCACAUUCCGGUUCGCAAUCUCGUGAUGAUUCCACCAUAGUGGGAUUACACUAUAAGAUUGGUAAGAAAAUUGGUGAAGGUUCAUUUGGUGUACUUUUCGAAGGAACCAACAUGAUCAAUGGAUUGCCAGUGGCCAUCAAAUUUGAACCGAGGAAAACGGAGGCCCCACAGCUGAAGGACGAAUACAGGACCUACAAAAUUUUAGCAGGAACCCCUGGUAUACCACAAGCAUACUAUUUCGGUCAAGAAGGGCUACACAAUAUAUUGGUUAUUGACCUACUCGGUCCUUCUUUGGAAGAUUUAUUCGACUGGUGUGGGAGAAGAUUUUCAGUGAAGACUGUAGUGCAAGUAGCGGUACAAAUGAUAACUUUGAUUGAAGACUUACAUGCUCAUGACUUGAUUUAUCGUGAUAUUAAGCCUGAUAAUUUUUUGAUUGGAAGACCGGGCCAACCAGACGCCAAUAAGGUUCAUUUGAUCGAUUUUGGUAUGGCUAAACAAUAUCGUGAUCCGAAGACUAAACAACACAUUCCAUAUAGGGAAAAAAAAUCAUUAAGUGGUACAGCAAGGUACAUGUCGAUAAAUACUCAUUUAGGUAGAGAACAAUCUAGGAGAGAUGAUAUGGAAGCUAUGGGUCAUGUUUUCUUCUAUUUCUUAAGAGGUCAACUACCAUGGCAAGGUUUGAAAGCACCAAACAAUAAACAAAAAUACGAAAAAAUUGGUGAAAAGAAGAGACUAACAAACGUUUACGAUUUGGCUCAGGGCCUACCAAUUCAGUUUGGUAGGUAUCUGGAAAUUGUCAGAAAUUUAUCCUUUGAAGAAACUCCCGAUUAUGAAGGUUAUCGUAUGCUGUUACUAUCUGUAUUGGAUGAUUUAGGCGAAUCAGCAGACGGACAAUACGAUUGGAUGAAAUUGAAUGGUGGCCGCGGUUGGGAUUUAUCGAUAAACAAAAAGCCAAACUUACAUGGCUAUGGUCAUCCAAAUCCACCAAACGAAAAGUCAAAAAGACAUAGGAGUAAAAACCAUCAAUACUCAUCACCUGACAACCACCAUCACUAUAGUCAGCAGGCACAGGCGCAGGCUCAAGCGCAGGCACAAGCGCAGGCACAAGCUCAAGCUCAGGCUCAGGCUCAGGCCCAAGCGCAAGCGCAGGCUUUGGCGCAACAACAACAGCAAUUGCAACAAGCUCAGGCGCAGCAACAAGCCAACCGUUAUCAGUUGGAACAAAGUGAUUCACACUAUGAUGAAGAGAGAGAAGCAUCCAAGCUCGAUCCAACUUCAUAUGAAGCAUACCAGCAACAGACGCAACAAAAGUAUGCUCAACAGCAACAAAAGCAAAUCAACCAGAAGUCUAAACAGUUUGUCAAUACUAGUCCCAAUGGUCAGACCAACAAGUAUCCAUAUAAUGCGCAACCAACAAUUAACCAACCUGACGCUAAAAACGCAACACAAGAUAGAAAUAGUAAUAAGUCAUCGAAAGGUUUUUUCAGUAAACUAGGAUGUUGUUAA